AUGUCGGCUCUGAAUUCCGACAAAGUGCCGACAUCGGAAGAUCCAAAGACAGAAUCAAAUCUUGCGGUGGAAGAUGCAAUUCGAGAAGCCACAAAUGAUCGUGUGAGGAUCGUCCUUCUGAGCAUAGUGAAGGAAAGCUCAGUGGCCAGAGACUUGGUGAGCAAAGAAUUGCUCGUUCAACAAAAGGAAGACAGCGCAUCCAGGAAUCCGAAGAAAAGAAAGCGGUACGAAAUCUGCAAACAGUGCAGCAAAGAAUACGCGGUUGAGCAGAACCACGAGAAGAUUUGCGUCCACCAUCCCGGUGCCAAACAGCUGGAUUUCAAUUCGGGCUUCUGGAAAUUUGUCAAGAACGAUGACCAAAUCAAGGAUGACGAAGAGUCGCAGGAAGGCUAUGAGUGGACAUGUUGUCACGAGCGCGGCAACGCUGUUGGCUGCACAACGUCCGAGCACUCGCCACAGGAGAUCAAGCACACCAAGUUGAAGUUCUACGAUGAAUAG